AUGCUCCCACCAGAGGUUUGGAAUAUAGUCUGCGGCCAAUUGUCCCAGUUCGAUCUCUGCUCGCUUCUGAUAGUAAACAGAGAUAUCUACGAAAUAGCAUUGGCCCAGCUGUACUGCUCCAUCACCAUCGACUACCACUACACCCAGUUCGACCCAGAAUAUGUCCAGACCGAUCCCUUGCUCAACACGAGACAGACGUAUAUCCGAACGAAACCCAACAUCACAGCAUUCUUGAAAAGUCGCAAAGAAGCCCUUCUUAGUGUCCGAUCGCUCCAGGUCGUGCAUCUUCCGCAGGAGUUUAUCGAUUUCGAGACAAAGCUAGCUGAAAGUCUGCCCAAGAUGGAGAAUCUGGUUUAUUUGAGGAUCGAGCAGCCUGUCUCACUCGAUCUGCUUCAGAGGGCGCCCCCAAACAUACAACAUCUUGCCCUAUCGCUGAAUAGUUUCCGCAAGUCGAAAUACCAGUUCGCAUCGCUGCCCCUGAAAACCCUCUCUGUGGGGCCUUCCAACCAGCCCGAUAAAUUAUUAUCGAGUCUGGUCAAACACCCGCAAAAACUGCAAGGCCUCGAAUAUGUGUGGCCGCACCGCAAAAUCAAGCUCCGCGACUUGGUGGUCUCUACAGACUCGCAACGGCAACCACUCGAUGCCUUUGCCAAUCUUGCACACCUCAGUCUAGUAAGCGCAAUCAUCUCGCCGGAGGACCUGUUUCUUAGAAAACUCGAGUCCGGCCUCAAAUCUCUCUGUUUGAUCGACAUCAACGAGAUCGGCCAGUCAGAGUCCAUUCUCGACACGUUCCGGCCCACAAGACUCAAACGUCUGGGAAUCGACCUGCGCCAGGGAUCCAAGGACUCUGUUGCACCCUUUCUCAAUAGACUGCCUCCAAGCUCGCUCCACGAGCUCCAUCUCGUUAUCAGAUACAACAAUUUGAAACGGAUACCGCUGGAAACGCUUGUGGACCAGUAUAUUGCCGCCAUCGAAAGACAAUCCGCCAGUCUACGCAAAAUAUCGCUCGAAAUCCGGUUCGAAAAAGAACUGGUUGAAAUUCAGGAACAGCUUUCCGAGGCGCAAGUCAGCCGCCUCUUCAUGAACCACGCCUUUCCUGCGCUAGAGUCUCUUCGCAUCCAAGCGCAAUUUGCAUUCAUUUGCAAGGACAAACUGACCUUCUUCAAAAACCUACCUAGACUCCACAAAUUAUGGAUCCUUGGUAGCAACGCGUUUGAAAAACACUGGGGAUUGGGAAAUGCGUAUCCAGGCGUGUUUGACAACUGGCUCAGGAUUCAGCAUCUCCCUAUAGGACUGGUGAACAACGAGCCACGGCCAAAAACGUCGCUCCGCUACAUAAAACUUGACGAUUGUCUGUUCGAAAUAAAGGAGAAAUAUGACGCCAAAGAAAUUAUCCCUAGAGACUCCAUAGACAGCUGGUUUGAGUCUCAGACCCAGGUCCGCGCUGUCCGUCCAUUGAACUAG